AAUACAGUUAACACGAACUAAAGGCAGGGCACACAGAGCACAUGGCAUGAGACAAAAACAAUAACAAAAGAGUCCAAGUGAUGUGACAAAUGUGCACUUUAAAAAAAAAAAAAAUCCCAAUGACCUUUAUGUGUAGCAAUUUAUUACAACCCUGAAAGUAAGUUAAAGAGCCCUGUUUAACCCACAUAAUUAUUAUGAGGAGUUUCCUCACAAGAACUGUGGAAAGCAAACAACUUGGGAGGAAAUGAGCGCCACGCAUUUCACCAGUACCAUAAUGAUUCGCUGGAUUGUGUUGGCGUUGACCCUUAAUAUAAUAUCUGGCAGAGAUGAUUUCACGACAAACGUCGGCGCAAAUUGCAGAGAUGACAUAACUUUGCAUUGUAAUUUCGAUAAAAACUGUCGGAAUUACACGUCUGUUACGUGGUACAAGAUAUACAACAACCGCAGUGACAAAUCCACCACAAUGAAAAUCAAGAAAAAGUCAGAAAAUGACAUCAAGACUAACAAGCACCCUGAUUCUGGGUCACCGGAUAAAAACUUUUCUUUGUUCUUAAGGGAAGUGUCUCCUGCCGAUUCUGGGACUUACAAGUGUUUAAUAAGAGCCAGAGCUGGAGGAAUGUACUGCGUGAAUUGGGUUAGACUUAAUAUCACAGAUUGUGUUUCAACAGCUUCACCCAUCGUCUUUGAUUUCUCCACCAAGAUUAUUAAUGAAUCAUGGGCAAACGUUAGCAUCCCAUGGCCUCAUCUAAAUGAGGAUUCAGCUUUUUUUAUCCUUUGGGGUUGUGUAGGACUGGCUGUGAGUAAACUUGUCCUCAGUGCCGUUUGCAUAUGGGUAAGUAUUUUAAAUGUAGCUAAUUUGUCUUCUGAGCAUUUUAUUUGAACUAUUACAAGUGUAAGUAAAGAUGACGCUGAACACAACAAGGAAGUAACAAAUAAGUUUGAAUGCCAAAGCUCUUAAAGAGAAAACUGAGGAAUAAUUGCAAAAAUGGAUAUUGGAAGACGUAUCCUAUAGCUGCUAUUGUGAAAACCGAUUUCUAAGCAAUAAAGGUAAUGAUAUGUUUCUGUUCUCAGGUUUUCAGGGAGCUGAGUAAAUUUAAAAGACAACAGAUCUAAGACCAGCACCUGCCAUAUGGUUCAGUAAUUUAUAAACUUUACUGUGAAUAAUACACUUAAUGCAAGAUGAUGUAACCGUACUGAUACUCUGAGAAAACUGAUCUUUAUAUUGGUCAUAUUUUUUUUCUACAGUAAAUAUUCUUAUCAGGGUUAUUUUAGAAUGAUUUAAAGUAUUAUAUACUAUUAUAGCAUUUUUAACUGAAUAGCUUUUAUAUUUAUGUUUACAUCUUUUUU